CAUCCCAUUAUUUGUAGCAAAUUGUAUUCAUCGGUGUUUGUAGAUACGUAAAAUUCGUAUAAUUUUACGAUGAUAUUUUUUAUAAAUUAACGUCUUGUAAAUGAAAUUCAAUAAACUCGGGCAUCUUUUACAAUCUUCCGCUACACUUAUUUUGUUUCAAUCUGUAUUGAUCCAAAGACAGAUCAAAAAUAAUUUAUGAAUUGUAUAAUUCGAAUCUUUUUUCAUCUAAAUAUUGAUAUAAUAUGAUUGCGUCAUCAAAUACUGAUGCUGAAAAAGAAAUUGAAGAUCCUGUCGAGCGGAUGUUAAAAAAGACCGGUUGCGUGGAAUUGCAUUAUCAAGUUCAAGAAUGUAUAGCCGAGCACAGAGAUUGGAGGAAAUGUCAAAAUGAAGUAAAAAAGUUUAAGGAAUGUAUGGCUGAACAUACAAAGCAGCAACAAUCAGAACAUUAAUAAUAGGUACCUGAAUUUAAAGAUGUGGUUGAUAAAUAGAUCUAUUAAAUCUUUAUUUGCUCCUGUUUGGAAUGGACAGAAUUGUAAAAUGGUAAUAGUAGUUCGGUCAGAUAUACCUAUGGGAAAAGGUAAAAUCGGUGCUCAGUGUGCUCAUGCUGCAUUAGAAUGUUGUCGCCAGACUUUAAACAAUGAAAAGAAACAACAAAUGUUUCAAUCUUGGUUACAAAUUGGACAGCCAAAAAUUGUUGUCAAAAUACCAAAUGAAGAGGAGUUAUUGAUUUUGGCAGAUAAAGCUCAACGUGCUGGUUUAAUUACUGCCAUAAUAAAAGAUGCUGGUAGGACUCAAUUAAAGCCUGGCACAGUCACAGUUGUCGGCAUAGGACCAGGAUCUAAUGAAGUUAUUGAUAGUCUUACAUCGAGAUUAAGAUUAUUAUAAAUGUAUCUUGUAAAUAAAAGAAGAUAUUGUUAAGGAAG